GCCGUAGUACUGGCACUGCGCGCGUCAACACGUCAUUCACUCAAGAGGCAAGUUCAACUUCAAGUUCAACUUAAGGCCCUGAAAUUGCACAAGACAAACAACAAAGCCAGCGGUAUAGAGUAACAGCCUGAUACUCACUUCCUGAUCACUGGAGAAGUCCCCACCAUAAUACCCAGCACCUGAAAUGCUCCACCAACCAUGAACGCCGUGAUCGCAUUGUGCCAUUUCUGCGAGCUACACGGACCAAGCAUUCUGUUCUGUACCCAGUCCUUCCACACCAAUGAGGAGCGGCAGCCCACAGCGUUCGAUGGCAAGAAUGACCAGGGUGCGUCCGGGUUGUCGGGACACCCGUUGUUCCGUCGGUCCAGAUCCACAGACUCAACCGUGUCCACUGCCUCCGGCAGUGGGGACCACAAGUCCCCCGCCUCCAAAACGGAACUUUGUGAGGCGUGCAGGUCCUUCCAGCCCGGCCAGCCAAACUUCAUCAGCCACGACCACGAGGUUGGAAUCAGCUACAUCAGCACGCAGUACCCACAGAACCCUCAGAUCUUCACUAUGGUCAGGCAGGCUUGCGUCCGGAGCCUUAGCUGUGAGGUUUGCCAAGGUCGGGAGGGCCCCAUCUUCUUCGGGGACGAGCACCACGGCUACGUGCUCAGCUACACCUUCUUCAUCAAGGACAGCCACGCCCGGGGCUUCCAGCGCUGGUACAGCGUCAUCGUGGUCAUGAUGGAUCGCAUCUUCCUGCUCAACUCCUGGCCCUUCCUGGUGGCCAACAUGCGCUCCCUGAUCGACGAGCUGCAGGCCAAGGCCCUCAAAGUCUACGAGCAGGAGCAGUCAGAGCACCCGCAGCGGGCAGAGCGCAUCAACCAGGAGUUUCUGGCCCCGGGGGAUUUUUACCGGAGGCGGAGGGGCGGCAGCAAGACCUUUCGAUCCCUCUUAGAGCUGACCAGAGACAAGAACGUCUUCCGCUAUCUGCACAUGGUCUUCGCGUGGAUACUGAAAGCCGGCGGCAGCAGGAUGACGGAAAAGGUCCUGGAGGGACCGCCCAAAGAAGAGGCUCUGAUUGACUUGGACAACGAGGAAGAAACCGAGGAAGGUUUCAUCAAGGUCUCCACCAUGACCAUGGACCCCGAUCCAGCGGGAGGGACGGCGGAAGGCCCAACAGCCAUCCAGGACAGCCGAGAGGAGUGGCAAGAUGGCGGGCCAUCUGUCAAGUCAUUGCAUCAUCUCAGACGACUCUUGGGCAGUUUGAAUUUCCACGAUCUUGCCCACCACGUGCUGAUUGGCAAUCAGAUCAUAGUCAGGUGCACCUUCAAGAGCACCUUGCGUUCCUUCUUUGAAGUUCUCAAGACUCUUUUGCCAGUCGGCUGCUGCCACAUCAUCACCCACAGCGACCACUACGAGGAGUCCUUCAAGUGCAACUUUCUGGGUCUGUCCCCGAGCACCAGUCUGCCGGGUCACAUCAAGUCGUCGGAGUUCUUCAUCCUGUUGGACAUCAUCAGCCCCAGCCAGUCGCCCAGGGAAUGUGAGAGGGUCGUCGUCAAGGAACCUGACCCUUUCCAUGGGUUUGGCAUCACUAUGAGUAGCACGGGGUCAUUACCAGACAAAGCACCUACCAUUCUGACCAAGAUCGAGAACGUCUUGGACAACAGAAACCUGAACCAGGAGGUGAUCCACACCUUCCUGGUUGCUCUGAAAGAGGAAUGGAUGAAUAAAGUCAAGCUGCUUUUCAAGUUCACCCGGGCCGGUUCCCACACCGAGGAGGAGACGGAGCGACUGUUGGAAAUCCUCAAGGCCAAACCCGAGGACAAAUCUCUCCUGAAAUACUGGAUCAACGGCCUCAGCUCCCAGUAUCGCUCCCAUCUGCUCACCACUUCCAGCAUGGGUGCUUCCAGUUCAUGAAGUGAGUUUCAUCCUGGAGUAUUAUUGGUUGGCUGGCAGUUUGGACGUGGGAGAUUCCGAACCGGAAUAUCCGCACCGGAAUCGAUAAAAAAUCGAUUCCAAUCUGGGAAUAGGAAUCAUGAUUCCACCUUUUUGAGGAAUCGAUAAGAAUCGAUUCCAAACUCGGAAUCGGGAUCGUGAUUGCACCUUUGUAAGGAAUCAAUAAGAAUUGAUUCUAAGCAUGGAAUCGAAAUCAUGAUUCCAGAUUUUUAAGGAAUCAAUAACAAUCGAUUCCAAACUCGGAAUUGGAAAGUAAAGUUUGUGUUAUUAAUGUUAUGUUCUUUACAAUUCGGCUGCUGGCGGCGAAAAAAGAUAUGCGUGUAAUAAUAAACCAAUUAUGAAUAAUAAUAAUAAUAAAAUAAUAAAUCAUGAUUCCACCUUUUUGAGGAAUCGAUUAGAAAGGAUUCUAAACUCAGAAUCAGAAUCAUGAUUCCACCUUCUUGAGGAAUCGAUUUCAAACUGCAAAGAUGAAACUUUUCCGAUUUUAAUCGGAAAUCCGACUUUUUGAAUUUUCCAACGAAAU